CCUUAAUCCGCUUAUACAUUUUAUUCGUUUCAAAUUUAAUAGAGUGUUGACUGUUGAAGUUAGUACAUGAUAUUUAAUUUUUGAGGUGAUCAUCUGAUUUUUGAUAGGUACGUUGCAAUCAGCAAAUAGGUAUCUGCACGGAAUUCAACUCGGUGGCCUUCAUAUUAUCCGAAUCCAGGAAAAAUGUGGGAAAAUUCGAGGAAAUCUUUAUCACUUUUAUUCUUGAUCGUUUUUCAAUCAGCAAAUGCGCCGGAUUCCAGUCAAGGGACACACUUGAGUACAACUACUUCAUCAAGCAAUGCAUUCCUGUUUGACAGAAAACUGGAUGAAAAAUUUGAAAGAGAGCCGAAUAAGUAUUGGUCGGUUAGUAAAGCACGAGAAGCUGUUAUAAAACAAGAUUGGGAUUGCGGAACUCCGCUGAAAAAAAUUAUGAAGGCUGGAUCUUAUGAAUUUGAAAAUGAUACUUACAAGACUACUGAUGAAACACAAAUUGCAUAUAAUUGGAGAAAAAGUGAUGAUGAUUUCGGUAGAUGUUUAUGCCUAGCAGCGAAUGACUUACGUGUAGUCAUCAAAGAGUUGGCUAAAUCACUCAAAUAUGGAAAUUGGUCAGUUGUUGCUGAUGUGGCAAAAAAACGUCCUGAUUUUGAAAAGAAAAUUAAAAAGUAUAUGAAUCGUGCAGAGGUCUUCAUCAAUCUGGUGAUUGAAUUUGUCAAAGAAACUAUACCAUUUAACGAGAAAACCAACCAAUAUGAAAGUAGGUCUAAUUAAGUGGAAAAACGCAUGGUACAAUUUGUUACAAUUUUCAAUCACAUUUCCUAGCUUAUUGGCUCAUUAUAUGAUGGUUCCUUAUAAAUUACGUGAAAUACCAUCUAAAAAAAUUACAACAAACAUAUUAAAAAUUAUUCCAACACCAUUUAAAAGUUUAUUAUAUGAUCUUGAUAGUGUAAAAGUAAGAAGAAUAUUUGGACCAUGGCUCAUAGCUCAGAUCUACGAUUUGAGGUGUGAUGAAACAACGUAUAAGAAAAACAUAAUCGACGACGGCAAAGUGUAUGGAAAAAUCAUGAAAGACCUAAUAUUACCUUAUAGUGAGGUUGGUUUUGGUUCAGGACUUCAUCGUGAUGGAACAUAUAUAUCUCACCGAACGUUUCUUAGUUUUGGAGACUUGAAACAGAUGUGCUCGAGUGAUACUAUGUAUGCUUAUUUAUUUGACAAAAACUUGGCUAAUAAGCCUACACCACCAGUGCACUGGAAGAGAGUAUCAUCACUUCUACUUCAUCCCAAUAUUAAUCGUGGUCCUCCUGGUAUACUAACCCUCAGCACCGAUUUUUACUCUGAUAGUGAUCCGAAAGCAUCAUUGGGUGGUAAAAUCAUGCCACUAGCUCGAAUUUUGCGCAUCAAUACACCAAAGUGCAGAUUUUUUGUGCGAGGUGUGACAGCAGGUCUUGGAUUCUUUGAGGCUACAGAUUUCAAUAACAACAUGUAUUCCCAGUAUUGGGUUCAAUCCCGUAUACCUUACAGCGCCGAAUCCAAUACUCGAAUUCCGGAUUUUAAAUACGCCUAUGGUUUGAUAUUUUCCACAAAUCACGACAAUUACAUUAAGCUACAAACUUACGACACUAAGACAAAGGGUUAUUAUUUGUCGUAUUAUCCCACCAAAAAUUCGUGGAGCAUUGUUGGUAGUUUAGGCCUCACAGAGGAAACUUGGCAAGAUUUUCUUCUACAAAACUACGAAAUACAAGAAUAUGGCAAAUAUCGUGUAUACGAGCAUAUUCGUUACUCACAUCGUAAUAAAACGCAUGUGGUCAUAGAUUUAGAAAUUGAUAACCGCAAAGGAGACAAAGAAUUGGGUAUUCGGUACAGUUUGGUCGAUGUAGACCCUCAUAAACUUCAACAAACUAAACACGAACUGCAAGUUUUGAAAAUUCCAACGGGGAAAAUUGCGCGAUUGCAGCAUAUUGUCAACUUGCAGAAUUGUACUAUUAAGACAAUUCUGGAAGAAAAACUUCAGCGUAAUCCAAUGUGGCGAGAUUUUGAUGCUGGCAAGACAAUAUUACCUUUGGAUGAAUUUGAGAACAGCGUUGAGAAAUGGACUUUUAAUACACAAACCAAUGUAGUGUCGUCGUUGGUAUCUGGUGUACAUUAUAUGUGCGCUGCUCCUCUGCCAGAUGAGGAGGAACGUGAGUCGAUUCGUGAUGGUACAUUUGUCUUUGAUGCUAAGGAUAGAAAUGCGUAUGUAUACAAGAAAUCAAAUAUUCUGAUAUUCUUCAACUAACCAGUUUUCUUGGGUGUAUUUUAUUUUUCAUAUUUUACUUAUGCUUCUUGUCAGAGCUCAGAUCUAACUGAAUCUAUUAUUUGAAAUUGAAAGUUACUUAAUUUGUAUUAUAGAUAAUUUUUAUAAACAAAAAAGGUACCUAGGGAGAUAUCCUACAAAAGGGUGAAAUUGAGGUAGAAAACUGAAAAUUGGGUUACCCUACCUAUACCUAUUUGUUAGGUUCUUCCAAUACAAUUUUUGGAAGUUUCAGGGAACCAGGUUCUUGGAUUUUACAAUUUUGUAAGAAUUACAAUGAAAAAAAAAAAACAAAAUGAAAUCGACUUUGUGAUCCUUCAUCUGAUCGAUUUUAAUUUUUCGAAAAUUUCAUCUCUCAUAUUGAGAUCCCUACUAAAUUUUUAUUUACAGAUCUAAAACAUUUAAAAAUCCGCUGGAGGUUCCAAAAUAACUACUAAGCAACUAAUCAAUUUUGAAAGCCCUAAAUACAUUUUGAAUCGAAUUUUCACUUUUUGUUUCAUUGAGAUCCCAAACUGUUCAGAAAGGCCACAAUGACGAGGUAUAUCCGAGUUUACAGGUAUUAAAUUUUAUUUCAAUCCUUUCUCAUGUCAAUUUUCCCUCACGGGUAAAAUCCAAAAAUUCAUCGAAGGCUCCAAAAUGGCUCUGUAAAUUACCAAAAUCAAACCGGUAGGUCGAAAAAUAGGCCAGAUCCAAACCAAAUGUUAGCUUUCUACCUCAAAAAUGGAAUUGAAUUUUUAAAAAUUUAUCAAAAAAUAGAAAAAAUAAAAUUGAGCGUCAGAAGUGUGACUUAGUGGUAAGUAUGUUUCUGAAUAUCUACGUCGGAUCAACAAUUCUUCUACUGAUUGAGAUACCUAUUCCUACCUUCUUUGUAUAUACCUACCUACCGAUAUAAUGGGUGCCAAAAAUGAUGAUUAAUUGAACGUACCUAGGUAAACCUUUUUAUCAUCUAUCCUAAUCAAAUAAGUAUAAUUUAUUUUUUACGUUUUUUUUUUCAAGUUUUAUUUUUAUUAGAUCACAUACCUAGUUCUUAGAGCUUCUAGGUUGGUAAAUAGUUUUGGGAAUAUUUUUGGAAAUGAUGAUUGAAAAAAUAAUCCGUUUACCUAUCACUUAUAUUGAUCUUUUUUAUUCACAUAAGUAGGUAUUGGUUGGAGAAUUACUUGCAUAUUUAAUUUUUUAUAAGAGAAUAAAUUUCAACUAAUUGAGUAGGUACUUUAUAUCUAUAUAUUUCUUCAGGUGGUUUAUUUUAUGUUUAUACCAAUUAUAUUAAUUUGUUUUGUUUUCUUCAAGAUUUUGGCCUUUUA